AUGGAGAAACACAAGCAACAAUUGAAAGGAACUGCUGGGAAAAGCAGCAACAACUCCAACACCACCAACAACAUCAACAACAGUAACAACAUCAACUACAACGGAUCUAGAGUUGGAGUUGUAGGCACGUCAACAGCAAAUGGAACUAUUACGCCAAGCAGCAAUGGUGGUAUCACUGAUACAAAUAAUAGUUAUAGCAAAAGCCAAAGUGGCAGUAGUGCAAAUAAAACGCAACCAGAUUGUGAAAUCGUAACAUAUCCGAAACAGUGUACCUGUAGAUCAAAAACAAUACUUUAUUGCGGUCAAUAUGCAAAAAUCAACAGAAUACCAAAGAUAAGCGCAGAGGUGACAAAUUUAAUGAUCAACCGAAACAAUUUAACUCUGCGUGAAAAUGCAUUUAGUAAACUUAAGCAUUUACAAAGGCUUACCUUAAAGUACAACAGCAUAUCAGUACUACCUCAAGGAACAUUUCGUGGGCUUCCACAACUGGAGCGCCUAGAUGUGCGCUACAAUAAUUUUAGCAGUUUGUCGUUUGGUGUUUUUCACGGCCUAGUGUCGCUGCAAUGGUUAUUCCUAAUAUCAAAUCGACUGGAGCAUUUUCCAUUGACACAUUUGCUGGAUAUGCCAAGACUGGAAUGGUUAAUGCUGAGCGAUAACUUACUCACAUUGCGUAAUGAUAAAUUUCCACGCAUGAAUCGCCUAUACGAGCUGUAA